GGAGACACAUAACCUCGAUUUUCUUCCGCCAUCCGGCUAAAUAGUCCCAUGUGCACUUUGUUCCAUGGAUAAAUAAACACUAGGAACGCAUUUCCACCCUAGAUUUCAGCAGAAAUGCUGAAUGUAAAGGAAUAUUUGAGUAAAGUGAGUUGCCGUUCUUGAAGCCCGUCUCCUAAGGAUUCUCCCGGUGUGCGCGUAGGGAUCUCAUGCUAUAUAAGAGGGCCCUGCCAGGCACCGCCUCCUCUCUCCGGUCCGUGCCUCCAAGAUGACAAAGAAAAGAAGGAACAACGGUCGUGCCAAAAAGGGCCGCGGCCACGUGCAGCCUAUUCGCUGCACUAACUGUGCCCGAUGCGUGCCCAAGGACAAGGCCAUUAAGAAAUUCGUCAUUCGAAACAUAGUGGAGGCCGCAGCAGUCAGGGACAUUUCUGAAGCGAGCGUCUUCGAUGCCUAUGUGCUUCCCAAGCUGUAUGUGAAGCUACAUUACUGUGUGAGUUGUGCAAUUCACAGCAAAGUAGUCAGGAAUCGAUCUCGUGAAGCCCGCAAGGACCGAACACCCCCACCCCGAUUUAGACCUGCGGGUGCUGCCCCACGUCCCCCACCAAAGCCCAUGUAAGGAGCUGAGUUCUUAAAGACUGAAGACAGGCUAUUCUCUGGAGAAAAAUAAAAUGGAAAUUGUAC